CCGCGGCUGGUGAUUGGCUGCUCAGCGCGCAGGCGUGGGUCGGCAUGGCGGCACCGGUGCGGAGGAGCGUGGUGUUCGUGACGGGCAACGCUAAGAAGCUGGAGGAGGUCACUCAGAUCCUCGGGGACUCCUCUCCGUACACGUUGGUGGCGAAGAAAAUUGACCUGCCCGAGUACCAGGGGGAGCCGGACGAGAUCUCCGUGCAGAAGUGCCGUGAGGCCGCCCGGCAGAUUCGGGGGCCUGUUAUAAUAGAGGACACCUGCUUGUGCUUCAAUGCCCUGGGGGGACUUCCAGGACCAUACAUAAAAUGGUUCCUGGAAAAGCUCAAGCCAGAAGGCCUGUACAAGCUGCUGGCUGGAUUUGAGGACAAAUCUGCCUAUGCUCUUUGCACCUUUGCAUUCAGUACUGGAAACCCAGAGGAGCCUGUGAAGCUGUUCAAAGGCCAGACACAUGGGGUAAUUGUUGAGCCCAGAGGUCCUCGAGAUUUUGGCUGGGAUCCCUGCUUUCAGCCUGAUGGCUAUGACCAGACCUACGCUGAGCUGCCCAAGGCUGUAAAGAACUCAAUCUCACACCGGUACCGUGCACUGAGCGAGCUCUCUGCCUUCUUCCUUCAGAGCAACCCAACAGAGGCCCCCUCCAAUCCCAGCUAGCAUCUCCAUGCCCGCAGACACUGGAUGCUGUACUUUUCAUAAACAUCCCUGCAAGGUCUCAGUUCAGUCACAUGCUUAUAUUAAAGUUGUUCACGAUGAAGCCACGAA